AUAGGCCGCCACAUGCGAUAUUCACUACUCUGGUAUACUAAAGAAGUACAGGGUUGUGGAUUCUGGUAAGGCUUCAUACUUCCUGGGAUAUCCGCUUAUAUCAGGUAUCCGCUUGCCUCUUCUAUGCUAGUGCGCUGCAUGCUCGAUUCGUGUACAUGUAUGCUCCAAAUGCGUGUGUUGAGUCACUCUAACUCAUGCAUAUUCAUGUAGCAUUCCGGCCAAACUUUCUGCCACAGUCACUCAGAAUAGGUACUCCAAUAGUCAUUCGACAUGUCCACUCAAGAACCUCUCCGUCUAGGAUGGAUAGGCCUCGGAUCGAUGGGCCUGGCCAUGGCAACAAACAUCCAGAAACAUCUUAAAAAACACAGUCUACCGUUGUUGAAGUACUGGAACCGUACAAUCUCAAGAGGUGAUAGUUUGAAAGAUAUCGGAGGCACGCCAUGCCCCUCAAUUGCAGACCUGGCUCAAAACUGUGAUGUGAUAUUCAUCUCAGUCAGCGAUGACACAGUCCUCCGAUCUGUCACAGAGACCAUCCUAAGCAGCGGCUCCAUAACCUCCAAAACUUUUGUCGACACAACAACAGUCCACCCUACCACCACAUCAACUAUCACCAACAACUUCACCUCCGCGGGCGCCUUCUACAUCGCCACCCCCGUCUUCGGCGCCACGCCCCUCGCCGUCGCUGGCCGUCUGCUGGUCGCCGUCGCUGGUCCUCCUUCUGCUAUCGAACUUGUUCUCCCCUUUCUCGAAAAUGUUAUCGCGCGCACUGUUAUCAGAGUUGGUUCCGAGCCCUCCCAAGCCCUUCUGCUGAAAACGACAAGCAACUUCAUUACUGCGGGUCUCAUGAUGCUCCUUAGUGAGGCGCAUGUAGUAGCUGAGAAAACGGGCCUGCCAGCAUCUGUUCUUGAGUCUCUGGUUGAAGAGAACUUUGGAGCCUACGCACAUGGUGUUUCGAAACGUUUAACUAGUGGGAGCUAUUUACCUGCUCCUGGCCAGGCACCUUCUUCAGGGUUGGAGCUUGGAAUCAAGGAUGUCGGCCAUGGAGUUAGUCUUGCGAAACAAGCGGGUAUGACGUUGGGUAUUGGAGAAAUGUAUCUUGGGGCAGCGGAGGAGGCGAAGGCCUAUGGAGAUGAGAUGGGAAGAAGAUGUGAUAGUAGUGCUGUUUUUGGAAUUGUGAGGAAGAGAGCUGGCUUGGAUUUUGAGUCAGACCGUGUUCAAGAACGAGAUACAGAGAGGCAGGGUGAGGGGAUGAAGUAAUAAUUAACCUAGCAGGCAAAUGCUACUCAUAAUACUUAGGGAACAGAUGGCGGCGAAGUCGUACGCGAAGAGAAUAGAAUAAGUGAUUCCCUUGAAUCCCAAUGUUUCACAGAUUUCCCGACGAUGUUCCCGACCAUGAAUUGCUUCCACGCU